AUGUCAUUACCUAAGAAAGUUAUUUUUCUUUCAUUUAUAUUUUUUUUGGUUUAUCUUGUAAAAAUAAACAAUGGAGAGGAAGAUGGUAGAUUUACAAAUAUUUUUGAAGAUUAUGAAGUUUGUAGGGAAGCAAUGGGUUUUGGUAAAACUAAAUUUGUCUGUGAUCCAGAUCAUUCAUUAAAAUUAGAUACUAUUGCUAAACUUGAGGCACUUUUAAGAGAAUUACAGUUAAAUGUAAAAUGUCCUUGUGCACUUGGAUGUUCAUCUCGUGGGCAAUUGGGAAGUGAUAAAUUUAUUGGUUUAUUACAAGUUACUACACAUGACAAAAUUAAUAGAACUGGAAAAGUAUUUAAAGAAGCUGCAAAAGAAAUAUUUGAUAAGGAAAUGUUAGGAAAUAAUGAAUGUGACAAUGGCAUUGUUAUUCUUUUUACAAGAGAUAACAAUCAAUUAGCUGUCUAUAGUGGAGAAGGUAAAUUUACAGUUUUAAAUCAAUCGGAUUUGAAUAAAAUUCAUGAUUUUGCCACAAAAGGUGUCCUCCCUGAACAUGGUAUUGCUCUUCAAGCAGUUCUUCAAUCCAUGAAUAUUGCCAAUGGAAAUGAUGUAGAAGAAGUAAAAAAAUCAGAAAAUACUCCUAUGAUUAUUGGAUUUUUAAUUGCACUUCUUUUAUUUUUUAUAAUAUUAGCACUUCUACUAUCAUUAUGCCUUUCUAAAACAUGUUGUUGUUUUACUGAUAAGCAUAAAGAAAGAAAAGGAGAGUAUACUGUUAAUCCAGACCAUUCAAAUAUAAUAAGAUCUCCUGAACCAGUAUAUGUUGUCCCACCAACAGAAUAUCAUAUGUCACAAAUUCAUGAAGAUGCCAUUUAUUCUUCACCAUAUGCUAUUCCACCAAUUUAUACAAUAUCUAGGCCAACUACACCAUCAUCAAUUCAUUUAAAUAAAAUUAAACCAAUACCUAUAUAUGGUGAUAUAAAUACAUUAGGAAAAAAUGUAUCACCUUUAAAAAGUUCUCUUUCUCCAAUGUCUCCAAGUAAAAAUACUAAAACAACCAUUUCUGAUGAUGGUUCCAGUUCAACACUACCAAUUGUAAAUGAUCAUCCACAUGAUGGUACGUAUCAAUUUUUAGAUCCAAGAAGAAGUAUGGAAAUUCAGACAAAAGAAGAUUUUAUAGAAUGA